UCCUCCGGCUACUGCCAAGCGGCUGAGGCCUUCCAGCGCAUGGCGAAUUAGCCGCCCGCCUCGCUCGCCCGCCAGCCGCAAUGGCGUCUGCCGCGCGGCCGCUGCCCCUGGUGGUGAUCCUGGGCGCGACGGGCACCGGCAAAUCCCGCCUGGCGCUGCAGCUGGGCCGCCGCCUCGGCGGGGAGAUCAUCAGCGCCGACUCCAUGCAGGUGUACCAAGGCCUAGACAUCAUCACCAACAAAGCCUCUCCUCAGGAGCAGCGGCUGUGCAGGCAUCACAUGAUCAGCUUUGUGGACCCCUUGGUCACUAACUACACCGUGAUAGACUUCCGCAACAAGGCCACGGCCCUCAUUGAAGACAUCUUCGCUUGCAAGAAGAUCCCCAUUGUGGUUGGAGGGACCAACUAUUACAUUGAGUCCCUGCUCUGGAAGAUUCUGAUUGACACCAAGGAGGUGGCCAGGAGUUCAGGCUCUGCAGAGGGGACUAUGGAUCAGAAAAUGGAGCUGGAGAAACUGGAUGGCGAAGAGCUCCAUCGCCGAUUGAGCCAGGUGGACCCCAGAAUGGCAGCCAAACUGCACCCUCACGAUAAGCGCAAGAUGGCCAGGAGUUUGCAAGUGUUUGAAAAAACGGGCAUCCCCCACAGCGAGCUACUGCAGCAGCAGCAGCAGGAAGAAGGAGGAGGGCCGCUGAGCGGCCCCCUGAAGUACCCCAACCCUUGCAUCCUCUGGCUACAUGCAGAGCAGGCAGUUCUAGAAGAACGGCUGGACCAGCGGGUGGAUGCGAUGCUGGAGGCUGGGCUGCUGGCAGAGCUGCGGAACUUCCACCAGCGAUAUAACCAGGAGAGGGUAGAUGAGAACAGCCAGGAUUAUCAGCACGGCAUUUUCCAGUCCAUCGGCUUCAAGGAAUUCCACCAGUUCCUGAUUGCAGAGGGCAAGUGCUCGGAGGAGAUGAGCCAGCAGCUCCUGAACCAAGGAAUCCAGGCCCUGAAGAUAGUGACCAAAAGGUACGCCCGGAAGCAGAACAAAUGGGUCCGGAACCGCUUCCUGAGACGGCCCGGCCAAAAUGUGCCCCCUGUCUAUGGCUUGGAAGUCUCAGACCUCUCUCAGUGGGAGGAGAAAGUGCUGGAACCUGCAGUGCAGAUCGUGGAGAGCUUUGUCCAGGGGCGGCAGCCACCGGCCGAGCCCAUCACGAUGGCGGGCGAGGCAGGUGAAGCUCAGGAGGGCAAGCGGAGGCGGCACAUGUGUGAGCUGUGCAACAGAGUCAUCAUCGGGGACAGAGAGUGGAAAGAGCACAUAAAAUCCAAAGGCUACCGUUUCCACCAGAAGCAACAGCAACAGCAACAGCAGCGACACCUGGCCUCAGAUCCCCUUUCCACAACGUGCCAUGAUGAAAGUGCCACGACUGGUGGGAAGGAGAGCCAGGAGGAGCGGGACGGGAGCGUGGAAGCCUGUGAAAUGUAGACCCCAUAUUUGGGAGGCAGGUUGUUGGUGGGAACGCUGGCCCAGGAGGCAGGAUCCUACUCUCAUCAAGGAUUUCUCAUCUAAAAAAUGCCGAGUCGCCUUUCUCCAGAGACGGACAGUUCCAUUUUAUGCAAAUAAUUGAGUUGAUCCAGGCAUGAAUGCCAGUGUGCUGCUCUACCUCUUGACUUUUUUUUAAUUUAAAAAUAUAAAGGCUAUAUUUUUAAACAUUCCAAUACAGUGACUUUCUAUUAUUGGACCAGCGUGUCUGCAAAGAUCCACUGAGCAUCCUCUUGGGGAACAGAGGAAGAAGAGAUGCGAGGAAACGGUCUGCUGCAAAACAUCCCCGAGCGUUUUAAGCUGCUUCACCUUCUCUAAUUUUGUUCCAUCUGUUUUUAACAGGGAAAUGUCACCAUAAGGCAGGCAUUCCCAAACUGCGGCCCUCCAGUAGUUUUGGCCUACAACUCCCAUGAUCCCUAGCUAACAGGACCAGUGGUCAGGGAUGAUGGCAAUUGUAGUCCAAAACAUCUGGAGGGCCGAAGUCUGGGGAUGCCUGCCAUAAGGCAAGGUUCCCCAGUAACGUGCUGCUAACUUGUUCUCUCUCCAGAUGUAGCUUGACUCCAGCACCCAUCAUCCUUGGUUAUUGGCCAUGCUGGUUGCGGCUCAUGGGAGUUGUGGUCCAACAACACCUGGAGGACACCAGGUUGGCAAAGGCUGACUUAAAGGGUUUGAAUGUGCCCCCAUGAGCUGAAACAAACACAAGCAUAGCUACAAGCUUCUGUAGUCAUUGUGUAUUUCUCAUGUAGUUGUAUUUUUGUAGCAUUGCAUGUUGGAACAGCUUUCAUAAGUAACUACAAAAUACUUUUUGGGGGUGGGGACGGCCCAUCACUUUCCUCUGUUCAUCUCCUCGUGCAAGUUGAACACAUAAACAGACCCUUUUUUGGAU